AUGGCACUACAUCGGCCAAAAACCGCUUUUGAAAUCAUCUUGAGAUCAAACUUGGAAGCGCGAUUUUUCGAUCGAGGGACGAUGAAAGUAGAGGAAGUUCAAAUAGAUUUCUCCUACGGCCCAACUAUUUCUCCUACCGUUGGGCCCAAUCUCCCUUGGAACAGCAGAGCCCACGGUAGACGGCACGCUGCUUCAGCAGCCACCCGCGAGUCCUCGUCCGCCACUCCGUCGAACGCCCCUGCGCACGCUCCAGCUGCUAUGCUCCUCCGCCCGCGCCCCUCCCUCUUCCGAGCCGUCGCGCCGCCGCCGCUAACCAGCGCCUGUGUCCCCUCCCGUCGCACGUUCUCAGCUUCUGCAGAGGCGGGAACAGCCUCCCCGAAGGAUGCAGCGCCAGCGCCGGUUCCGGCGGCCACGCGCAAGAACGCCAGGAAGGCCGGGCCGCCGCCUAUGGGGAUUGUGAAGACGGCGCUGUUUCUGCCGCCCGGGGUGGAGCGGGAUGCGGCGGUGGCCGCGGACAUGGUCAUACCGGGGUCGAACAUUGUGGUCGGGCCCUACGCUGGGGACGCUAGGGUGAAGGAGGCUGAGUUCGUCAAGAGCAGCGCGCGCGCGGGGGACUGCCCCAAGGACGACCGACCCGAGUUCGCCGUCCUCGGUCGCUCCAACGUUGGCAAGUCCUCGCUCAUCAACGCUCUCACCCGUCGCAAGGAAGCCGCGCUCACCUCCAAAAAGCCUGGGAAGACCCAGACAAUCAAUCACUUUUUGGUUAAUAAGAGUUGGUACCUUGUGGAUUUGCCCGGUUAUGGGUUUGCAGCUGCAUCCCAAUCAGCUCGAAUGGACUGGUCUUCAUUUACCAAGGGUUACUUCUUGAACAGAGAUACCUUGGUUGGCGUACUCCUCCUUAUUGAUGCCAGUAUCCCACCUCAGAAAAUUGAUCUAGACUGUGCUAACUGGCUCGGCCGUAACAAUAUUGGAUUGACAUUUGUCUUCACCAAGUGCGACAAAGUAAAGAAGGGUAAAGGAGGGCGGCCUGAUGAGAACAUCAAGCAGUUCCAGGAAACUAUCAGUGGGCUUUAUCCAGAGCCACCACCAUGGAUCAUGACAAGCAGUGUUACCGGAUUAGGCCGCGACGGGCUACUCCUCCAUAUGUCGCAGCUGAGGAACUACUGGGAUAAUGAAGCAGUCUAG